AUGAAGUUGUUGGUGAAGCUGAUCUUCACAGUGCUGUUGCUGUUUCUGCUUUCCUACGCUUCCGUCAAUUCCAUCCUGGCAGAGAAAACACGUCCGAGUCCGGCCGCCGUCGUCUCGUCCGAGCUGCGUGUGGCACGCGCACGCGUGGCACGUGUGGCACUUUGCUUGCUGGCGUUGGAUGCUGAAGCUUACAUUGAUGAAUGGGUGCAUUUCCACGAAGCUUUGGGAGUUGAUCACUUCUUUGUCUUUGAUUUAGCCAACCAGCUGGAGCUGAACGACUGGGCUUCAGGAAAGGCACAUGUGAAUGUCACACACUUCCCCGCCAAGAAUAUCACGGAUGUGCAUCGUUUUCGCGCGGAACUGGAGAAACGAUGCAUCCAAAUGGCUCGGAGGGCAGGCUACAGCUGGGUUGGGCUGUUGGAUGUGGAUGAGUUCAUAUUGUUUCCGCAAGAGUUCGAGACCCACAUCGCUGAGCUCCUCGAGAGACGACCUCCUUCCGAGAGCUCCUUGCCGCUGCCCGGCCGUCUCUUCGCCUCGGAUGCGGCGACCUAUCAGCCGCUGCCAGUGACGAAGCGGGUGAUGCAGUUUGUGGACAUGAACUGGACCAGGUCUUUGGUGAGAACAGACCCGAGACGGCGACAGAGCCUGGGGAGUGACCGAGAACCAGAGAAGGACCCGUCUCAGGAGCCUGAGGAAAGGGGCGUUGUGACCUUGAACUGUUACUGGAAGAAAUCCAUCAAAGAGCUUUAUAAGAAGUGCUCACAGAGUCCCUCCAAAGAACUCUUUGCCCAUCAGUGCCUGGCCAAGAAGCUUCGCAGAAAUCAGCCUUUGAGACGUGACGAUAUGGCUUGGACUUUCUUGAAGAGGAAGGUUCCUUACUAUGCAGGCUUUGACUUGAUGUUGCCCAUCUCAGAGCCCCGUUACCCCACCGAACACGGAUCUCUGUCAGACACAGGCUGUGCACUCUGCGCCAUCAUGCUCAACGAGGAGGCCUAUGUGGAUGAAUGGGUGGACUACCAUCUAGCGCUGGGCAUGAGCCACAUCUUCCUCUAUGACAACAGUAAGACUUGGGAGCUGCAACGCUGGGCGUCUCGACGUCUCAAAGUCACCUCUGUCCAUUGGUCUGCAGACGCGGGUCAAGAAGACGCCUAUGUGGAUUGUUGGAAAAAGCACGUGAGGCCCAAGAACUACACCUGGGUGGCCUUUUGGGAUGUCGAUGAGUUCUUGAUCUUGAAAGAUCAUCGUAAUGUGAUUGAUUAUUUGGCUGAAUAUCUGGAUCAUGGAUCUCUGUCCCCGAACUGGCUGAUGUUUGGACCAGCAGGACACAAAGUUUAUGAGCCGAAGCCUGUGACAAAGAGGUUUCAAAAGUCUGAGUCGAAGGUGAAUCGGCAUGUGAAGACGAUCUCCAGAUCAGAGGACGUCAGACAACCACAUGUCCACUAUGCUUUGCUCUGGAAGGGGGCGCAACGGGACGCUGCGGGCUUGCAGUUGAAGAAGAAAGGGUCGUUCAAUGAGUUCAAUGGGGAAGGGCUUCAGAGCCAAGCGCUCAUCUUUCAUUAUGUCUACAAAAGCCACAAGGAAUUAGUGAAGAAACGCUGGCGUGGGCGUGCAGAUGUGAACAUGACCACGAAGCAGCGGAGGAUCCGGAUGAAAGAUGAUCGGCACAUCGACCAGUGUUGCCCUCGCCUUGAGCAUCGAGCCUGGGAGAGGAUCAUCGAGUAUUUGCCACACUACCAGAUGUAUGAUCAACCCAUCGACGUGAUCGUGAAGCUGCACCGCAGUAGGGCGCUGCCUGGUGCGAAGACGGGAGAAAAAGCCUGUCACGAGUCGGACCUGGAAGACCUGGGGCCCUGCUUGGUGGUGGGCACCGUCUACAACAUGACGCUGUACCCGAGACACGCUCCGAAGGCCACCAUUAAGACCUACAUGUACGACGAGCGAUACCACUUGCAGCUGAUCCACUCCACGCCCUUGGAUGAUGUGCCACUGUGCCUGUUCCCCUUCGAAGGGCGCUUGCUGGCGAGCGUGGGGAAGAACCUUCGGGUCUAUGAGCUGGGGAAGCGAAAGCUGUUGAGGAAGUGCGAGUACAAGAACAUCCCAGAGGGUCUCAUGUGGAUGCACGUGAAGGGCGACAAGAUCUUUGCGGGAGAUCUGCGAGAGUCCUUCCACAUCUUCAAGUACCGGCGCACGGACAACCAGCUCUUCGUGCUUGCGGACGACCAGGCGCCCCGGUGGAUGACCUGUGCUACAGUGCUAGAUAGCACGACCAUGGCAGGUGCUGACAAGUUCGACAACUUUUUCGUCUGCAGAAUACCUGAGGAGGCUCGGGAUGACGAAGGCGGCGAUCAUACGGGGCUUCGACUGAAGGCGGACACCGCGUAUUUGACGGGAGCCACCCCGAAGUUAGACAGCAUCGUCCAGUUCCACGUAGGUGACACCGUGACGGCCUUGGAGAAGACGACCUUGGCACAGGGCGGUAGCGAGUUGAUUUGCUACUCCACCUUGCUAGGCGCCAUUGGUGCAUUCUAUCCUUUCGCAGGAAAGGAUGAGUUGGACUUCUUCCAACACUUGGAGAUGUUCGUCCGAGCGGAGAAGCCGCCGCUCUGUGGCCGGGACCACAUCAUGUACCGCUCCUACCAUUUCCCCGUCCAGAACUGUGUGGACGGUGACUUGUGUGAGCAGUUCAUGACGCUCUCCGCCGAGAAGCAGCGCUUGAUCGCCAGCGAGCUCGACCGCACGCCCGCAGAGAUCAUCAAGAAGCUCGAGGACAUGCGCAAUCGCCUCAUCUGA